CUUUCUGUUUUGUAUGCAGGUCAUGGCAAAACCCCAAAAGAUGCAGCAUCAGUUCGUGCCACACAUCCAAUACCAGCAGCCUGUGGGAUUUAUUAUUUUGAAGUAAAAAUUGUCAGUAAGGGAAGAGAUGGUUACAUGGGAAUUGGUCUGUCUGCUCAAGGUGUGAACAUGAAUAGAUUACCAGGCUGGGAUAAACAUUCAUAUGGUUAUCAUGGGGAUGAUGGACAUUCAUUUUGUUCUUCUGGAACGGGACAACCUUAUGGACCAACUUUUACGACUGGUGAUGUCAUUGGCUGUUGUGUUAACCUUAUCAACAAUACCUGCUUCUACACCAAGAAUGGACAUAGUUUAGGUAUUGCUUUCACUGACCUACCGCCAAAUUUAUAUCCCACCGUUGGGCUCCAGACACCAGGAGAGGUCGUUGAUGCCAAUUUUGGGCAACAUCCUUUUGUGUUUGAUAUAGAAGACUACAUGCGGGAGUGGAGAACCAAAAUACAGGCACAGAUAGACCGGUUUCCUAUUGGAGAUAGAGAAGGCGAAUGGCAGACCAUGAUACAAAAAAUGGUUUCAUCUUACUUAGUUCACCAUGGGUACUGUGCCACAGCAGAGGCCUUUGCCAGAUCUACAGACCAGACCGUUCUAGAAGAAUUAGCUUCCAUUAAGAAUAGACAAAGAAUUCAGAAAUUGGUGUUAGCAGGAAGAAUGGGAGAAGCCAUUGAAACAACACAACAGUUAUACCCAAGUUUACUUGAAAGAAAUCCUAAUCUUCUUUUCACAUUGAAAGUGCGUCAGUUUAUAGAAAUGGUGAAUGGUACGGAUAGUGAAGUACGGUGUUUGGGAGGCCGGAGUCCAAAAUCUCAAGACAGUUAUCCUGUUAGCCCUCGACCUUUUAGUAGUCCAAGUAUGAGCCCCAGCCAUGGAAUGAAUAUCCACAGUUUAGCAUCAGGCAAAGGAAGUGCUGCACAUUUUUCUGGUUUUGAAAAUUGUAGUAAUGGUGUAAUAUCAAAUAAAGCACAUCAAUCAUAUUGCCAUAGUAAACACCAGUCAACUAAUUUGAAUGUACCAGAACUGAACAAUAUAAACAUGUCAAGAUCACAGCAAGUUAAUAACUUCACCAGUAAUGAUGUAGACAUGGAAACAGAUCACUACUCCAAUGGAGUUGGAGAAACUUCAUCCAAUGGUUUCCUAAAUGGUAGCUCUAAACAUGACCACGAAAUGGAAGAUUGUGACACCGAAAUGGAAGUUGAUUCAAGUCAGUUAAGACGCCAGUUGUGUGGAGGAAGUCAAGCCGCCAUAGAAAGAAUGAUUCACUUUGGAAGAGAGCUACAAGCAAUGAGUGAACAGCUGAGGAGAGAAUGUGGCAAGAACACAGCAAAUAAAAAAAUGCUGAAGGAUGCAUUCAGUUUACUAGCUUAUUCAGAUCCUUGGAACAGCCCUGUUGGAAAUCAGCUUGACCCAAUUCAGAGAGAACCUGUAUGCUCGGCUCUUAACAGUGCAAUAUUAGAAACCCACAAUCUGCCAAAGCAACCUCCACUUGCCCUAGCAAUGGGACAGGCCACACAAUGUUUAGGACUGAUGGCACGGUCAGGAAUUGGAUCCUGUGCAUUUGCCACAGUGGAAGACUACCUACAUUAGCUAUGCAUUCAAGGAGCUCACACUUAUAUUGUGGCAUAUAGUCAACAUGGAAGUAGACCAGGUCUGCUGAUUUGAAAUUUAGAUUUUUUAAAU